AUGACCAAGAGCAAAAACGUGAACCUCAACUUCAAAAAGACCAUCCAAAUCAGUGACGCUCUUAAAGCCAACGAUGUCUCUAUGAUUAAACAGCUGGGUCGAUCACCUGGUGGAUUUCUCAACAAUGACAUUCGAUGCAAGGUUUGGCCAAAGCUACUUUUAUCGUCUACGACCGUUGAAAAGGCCACACACGUUUCUGAACGAUCAAAUUUUGGUGCAAAGGAGGAUGAGGAUGACAUGUUUCCAGAACAGAGUGAGAAAAACAGGAAUCAAGCGCAUGGUGUCACAACAGAACCGGACGUAUACAAAUGCGCAAUGAUGGAUCCAAACAUGAGAGAUUCUACAACCACCACCACUGCUGCUGCUGUUACUAGAAAAGACUCGGGCCCUAAAUAUCAGGUAGACUUUGCAUACAUAAAAGGAGAAAGAAAAAGAUGCCCAGGGUAA